AUGUUCAACUUCAACGCCCUUAUCACUUUCAUCAUGGGUGCCGCCACCUUUCUCACUGGCAACCUCAACGCCGCUCUCAAAUUCACUUCACAAAAGCUCCUCGCCGCUCCUCAGGCUCACUUUCAGGAGUCUGUCACUGUCAUAAUUCCAGUCACCCUCACCACUACUAUCACUUCGGCCGCUCAAGCUUUCACUUCUUCAAUUGCGUCUCCCGGCAACGAGCUCGCCGUCGUCCACAAUCCUCUGCCUUCCGGCAACAUCUCUUUCUUCGCUGCCCUCAAGGAGAUCAUCUGCGUUCUAUACGCGCUCCUUCGCUUGUCGCCUGAUGCCGCCACUCUCGUCUCCGCCUUCCUNUUUGCGGUUCUCCUUCUGGCUCUCAUCGUCUGCUUCUUCGACUCCUCUGCUCCCGCCAUGAAGCCCCAAGACCUCAUUCAUCUCGAGGCACAAGUCAACGCCAAGGACGAGCUGCUCCAGCAGCUUCGUACCUCCUAUGCCGCCGACCGCGCAGAGCUCCGCCGCAGCCUGCAGGUCCAGAGAGAUGAGGCAGACAAGCGCCUGUCCGACGCCUCCGCCCAGCACCGCUCCGCCCUGGCUUCCAAGGAUCAGCAGAUCCGUGAGCUUUGUGACGAGCUCGCCUCUGCCGACCUCCGCGAGGAGAAGGCACGCUUUGAAGCCUCCGACGAAGUUUUCAAGCUCAACAAGGAGAUUGACGAGCUGGUUGCUGGUGCCGAGAAGGCACAGGAGAAGGUCAAGGCUGCCGAAGAGCGCGUAAUCGCCGCUGGUCAACGAGCCAUUGAAGCCAAGCAGAAGGUCCAGGCCGCCGAGAAGGCCCAGGAGGAGGUCAAAGUCGCUGGAGAGCGCACUCUCACCGCUGCUAUCGCAGCUGAGAGAAAGAAUGGGCAGGCCGCUGUCGACAGGGUCAAGGCUGAGGCUAGGGAGCUCCUGGACAAGGCCAGGGACGACCUCAGGGUCGAACAAUACAGGGUUCAGGACUUGAAGAAGGACAUGGCAGAGCUGAAGGCAGGAGUGGCAGUGGGGGCUGCUGCUCAUGUUCUGAUGCCUACCGUCCUCGAAUCCUCUUCCUCGGCCUCCCAAGCAGAGGAAAUUCGCAAGCGUCUCGAGAAGGUGCCCGUCCCUGUUGUUUCGGGUGCUCUUUCGAUGCCCGGCCCUGCUCCUGCCUUCGCCGGUUCUCCUGUUGCUGUCCCCGGGCCCUCCGCGCCUGCUGAACAGCCAGGGGUGAUCCGCCGUCCUCGCGUCAGGGGUCCUUUUGCUCCUAUUCAGCGGGGCAAGAACAGCAAGCGUGGUUAG